AUGAGUUCUCAAAUUAAUGAUGCUUUGAGAAAUGAAACAAUCUACUUUCGCAAAUCCCAUCUACUCAGAAAAGCUACUAAUCAAUAGAACAGGCUAUUUAGAUAACGUUUGAUCUAAGACAGCUUAAAUGAACCAACACAUCCUAUUAAUUGUUUAAUUAAAAAUGAAGAAGUGUUUGUUCCCUAUGUUCAUGAAAGAAAUAGUUUGGGUCGUCUAAUUAGGAAACCUACUCUAUCAUCGAAUAGAGAAAUUCAUAAUAAAUAAUUAGUUAAAUCAUCGCUAAAAUUGCCAAAAAAUAAACAAUUUUGUGCAUUUCUCCAGUGUGAACCACCCAAUUCCAAUAGAUCAUAUGGACAAAAGACUAAAACUUAAUCCACAUAAGAUUCAUUUUACUCCUAUUUUACAUUCAACAAGUCUAAUCAAAAUUUCUUACUCAAGUCCAAGAACAGUGAACCUUUUAGUUUUAGAAAAUCAUUUUAUUAAAAAUAACUAUGA